AUGAACGUGGAGGUGACUACCCUCUUGGCCGCCCUGUGGGUUUGUGUUUGGACGGAAGACGCGGGGAAAAUAGUCGCUGAUCGCUACGCGGUUUACUGGAACAGCAGCAACGCCAGGUUUCACCAGGGGGAUUACACGGUUGGCGUCUGCAUCAACGACUACCUUGACAUCUACUGCCCUCACUAUGGGGAGCGCGUGCCCGAGUCCAGGACGGAGAGCUACAUCCUGUACAUGGUGAAUUUUGACGGGUACCGGAGUUGCGAUCACAAGAACCAUGGCUUCAAACGGUGGGAGUGUAACCGGCCCCGCUCCCCCAACGGGCCCCUCAAGUUCUCAGAGAAGUUCCAGCUCUUCACUCCCUUUUCUCUGGGAUUCGAAUUCCGACCAGGGAACGAUUAUUAUUAUAUAUCAUCACCUCACCCUAAUAUUAUUGGGAAGCCAUGCUUAAAGCUAAAAGUAUACGUUCGACCAACAAACAGUUGUAUGGAAGCAGUAGGGGUGAAUGAAGGUGAUUUCGAUGUAAGCAACAGUUCAGUAGAAGCAUCAGACGAUUCUAUAUAUGAAUCUCCAGAGCCAUAUCACGAUGGCAUGACGACCUUAAGGAUGUCCUGGCUGAUCUUAGCCACAGCAUUCCUCCUGACCCUGCUCACGUCAUAGCACUCGAAACACAGGCGAUUUCUGUGUAAAGGACUUGAACCAAAGUGUAGACGGCACACGUGAGUGACUUGGGUCAGAACAGAAGAGACCCCAUUUUCUGAGAGGCGUUGCCGUUAACACAAAUCAUUUGAGGAACAGAUGUGAUCCAUUAAUGCUUUCCGAGAAGGGAAUUUCUCAUUUUCUUGUGAAGUUCUGCCCUGGGCCACCGAGGCUUGAUAUAAAGUACAAAAAAAAUAGCAUCAGAUAUCUCCGCGGAGGUUUUUUUGCAGAUAAACGUUCCUCAAAUGGAAUCUAUGUUGGUGCAAUUAUUCAUUCCACCAAUAGGUCAGGACUCAAGACGGGAAAAACGGAGAUGCCUUUGGGAGAAUUCGAUCAUCCAUGGUCCUUUCAGCACUGCUCAUCAUGUUAAUACCAUGCUGAUUUGCCACAAAACCGACUCAUUUCUUUGCUACUUAGGGUUUUAUGUUUCGUUUGCCUUUUGAUUGUUUCACAAAAACGCCUGGGUUUGAAAAUUCUCCAGCAAAGGCCGAUGGCUUCAUUCAUGAAAGAUGGCAUAUAUCUAGUCUCAAUCCGAAUGGGG